CCAGCUCUCACCGUUGCAGUGAUCGGAUCUCGGGCCACCCCUGUCCAGAGGCCCGUGCGGCCACGCCACCACCCCAACGUCAACCCUUGCUCUUGAGCUGUUCAGCUGGAAAGUCUCCCACAAGUCGACGACUGCGCGCCCCGAACAUGUCCAGACGGUGCUGAAAGAUGCCGCGACCUUGCUUCUUCGGGCUCGCGGUCGCCAGCCUUAUCCUGCAAUCCGCCAUCAUGCGCAGCUGAACACUCGACUAUGCCCACGGGGCCCUGUCCACCAUGCAAACAUCCCGCCUGGAGCUCUUGCCCGUGACCAUAGAGACAGUCUCUGUCUGCAGGGUGGACGGGAAGGGCAAGGGCUGGCUAAAUCUAUCCAGAUCGGCUGCUCGCUGCUUGAAUGGCCAUCACGCCAACAUCCAUCUAUGUAUGGAACCGAUGUCUACAGAGGACUGCACUGAGGCGGCGUGGCCUCCUCCCGUCGCUCAGGUAGUCGCUGAGCGGGGCCUUGUCCAUUGAUUGACUGGCGAUACAAAGUCAACAUUCGCCUCCAGCUCCUAUAAAUUCGCCAUGCAUGCAUACAUCCACCCCGGUGCUAAUCCCGCCAGCCAUACACAUACGCACCUGCUGACGACCACUCGAGCGCAGUGUUUCUAGCGCUUAUGCAAAAGGUUCUCCCGUCUUUGCAUCCGAGUUUAUGGAUAUCUACCUGCAUUGAUCAAAGCAUACCACGCUCACAUGCAGAGAUCACCACUUACCUUUUAUACCCCGUCAUAUAUCUUGCCUUCUUCUUUUCCUAUCCAUUGAUGCCUCCUCUCCCUCUUCCAUCUGUGCCUGCGGAAAACACCCGUACCACUACCGCAAGCGUAUUUGGGAAUACAUAUGGUGGUGGAUAUGGGCCUCUUUUCAAGAUUUUCCUUCUCGUAUUAGUCGUCGUGACCGGACUUCGGCUAGCUGUCACGAGAUUUUCGACAAGGGAGCAUGAAGGACAACACAGGAGCAGAAACAAAAUAAAACGAAAAGAGACAACCAACCCGUACACUUCCUUCGAUCCAUGCCGCAAACAUGCAAGACACAAGCUCGCCUCAGAAAGCACGACAUCGACAGCAGAAGAAUCUGUAUAUCCAUGGAUAGCCCCUCCGCAACCUCUCCCUGGCCCAUAUGAUCCUCCAUUCUACCCUCUCCCAACUCUACGGCGACACUCGUAUGAUCCAACCGUCACGAAGGAAAAAACUCCUCAUGCAGAAGCUGCAGAAAUGACAGCGUCUUCGUACACGCGCCGAGUUUCUGCCACGAAUAUCCCUAGAUCGGGAGCUCAAACAUCGCAGACUGCGGCGAGGGUUGUCGUCCGCGGGACAGUUACCAAUUCUAGCAAGGGCUGGAGGAGAAAUCAGUGGGUGGUGGGUGGAGAAAGAGACUAA